AUGCGUUGGUCUGCAGUAAUCUGUUCGCUUCUGCUGUCAGCCGUCCCUGGCAAGUCUGCGGCUUCGGCUUCCUCUUCGCCUACAUGUCGUUGUUUUCCAGGUGAUGCCUGCUGGCCGUCGGCGACCGCAUGGGCAAAAUUCAAUCAGUCUGUGGAUGGAACUUUAAUCGCAACGGUGCCCCUGGGUGCUCCCUGCCAUGCUCCCUCAUACAAUGCCACCGAAUGCGAUAUUCUUCGCGAAGGAUGGCUUCUACCAGAAGAGCACUAUGAAUCUUCAUCGUCAAUUAUGGCCCCAUGGUUUACCAACGAGACUUGUGAUCCUUUCCAUCCAGUCUCGCAGCCUUGUACCCUCGGAAACUAUGUUGUCUACUCGGUCAAUGUCUCGAAGCCAGUGCAUAUUGCGAAGACCCUUGUUUUUGCGAAACAAAAUAACAUCCGUAUUGUGGUUCGCAAUACCGGUCAUGACUACAACGGGAAGUCUACAGGUGCUGGUGCCAUCGCCAUCUGGACCCAUAACUUGAAAGAUCGAGCGGUCAUCGAUUACAACAGCGCCUAUUACCACGGCAAAGCCGUUAAACUUGGUGCCGGUGUUCAAGGUUUUGAGGCGUAUGAGCUAGCAAACGCCAACGGCCUUCAGGUCGUCGGUGGAGAAUGCCCAACUGUCGGUCUUGCUGGUGGUUACUCUCAAGGCGGCGGCCAUUCCGCUCUCUCCUCCCGGUAUGGAUUGGGUGCCGAUCAGGUCUUGGAGUGGGAAGUUGUUGACGGUACGGGAGAGUUCCGUGUUGCUAACCGCGACCAAAACUCGGACUUGUACUGGGCUCUGUCCGGUGGUGGCGGCGGCACCUACGGUGUUGUGUGGUCGAUGACAUCUAAGGCUUACCCGGCGACACCAGUAUCUGGUUUCAACUUGACAUUCACAAAUGAGGGAGUCUCCCAGGACACUUACUACAAGGCUGUUGGUAUCUAUCAUGCUAACCUCGCAUCCAUUGUCGAUGCUGGUGCCAUGAGUAUUUGGUAUUUCACCAACACAAGUUUCGCAAUCUCUCCAAUCACCGGACCUAAUAUCCCCCUUGCCGAGCUGAUCAAGCUUGUUAAACCCUUCACUGAUGCCUUGACCGAACUUGGCAUCAAAUAUACUACCUACUCUCAACAAUUCGACACCUACCUAGACGAGUUCAACGGUAUGCAGGGUGCCAUUGAAGUUGGAAUUGCGCAAUACGGCGGCUGGCUCAUCCCACGCUCCGUCGUUGAAACAAACAACGAUAACUUGACUGCUGCCUAUCGCUACAUCAAUGAAAAUGGAGGUCAGUUUAUCGGUGUUGGUUUGAAUGUUUCCAAAGCUCUUGUUGGAAGUAAUAUCUACAAUUCCGUUCUGCCUGCCUGGAGAGACACUUUGAUUGAUACCGUCCUCACUACACCAUGGAGCUUUACAGCUCCAAAGUCCGAUAUGGUCGCGCAACAACUCAAGAUGACUAACGAAUAUAUCCCGCUCUUGAAGGCUUUGGCGCCUGAUUCGGGUGCUUAUAUGAAUGAGGCUGACUUCCGUCAACCUGACUUCCAACAAGCAUUCUUCGGCGUCAACUAUCAACAGCUGCAAUCCAUCAAAGCCAAGUACGAUCCUGACAACCUGUUCUAUGCUCUCACUGCGGUUAACUCAGACCAAUGGACCGAAUUGGUUGACGGACGGUUGUGUAAAGCAUGA